CCGGAGGCGCCCAGGCCCACAGGUGUACAGUCGAUGCCGGCGGCUUCGACUGUCUCACUGCUGUGAGGCUCUGCUUCCGAAGUCGCUCCCUCGGCGCAAGCUGAACCGUGCAGCUGAUUAUAAGAUCUAACAGCUUGCGCGCUCCGCCAUGACAUACCAUCUCCGUCCCUCCACACAAUACAACGGUAUAUUAUACGGCUCGGACCUAAUCGCCAUUGGAGCCCACACAGACGUCCUUGUUCUCCGCAGAGCGCCCAGCCCAAGCCGGACAGAUGCACCCCUCAACCAGCCGCAUCUCAGCCACUUCCUCAAUGGAGGUAAAUCAAGCCACCGCUGUCAGGUUACAGUGACGCCGCGACCCGCUCCGCUUCCGCUCUCCCCCUCCUUGCUUCCGCGUUCCGAGCGUUUGGCUGGCCCUUGGCUGCUUGGUUGGGCAGGUUCAGGUUCCCUCGCAGCGACGCCCGCUCGUGCCCCCGCGCUGUGCACUGGCACGCAACUCGGGUGUGCCUGGAGGGCGCGUCGACGUGUCCCUCGCGUUUGUCAGGUACACGCGCUGCAUGCGGGGCAGCGCCGUUCGCGCCCACCUCCCCGGACAGGCUCCGCGUCCGUCUCUAAGUUGCGUCCCACGCAGACGCGGGGCGUGAGGCGAGGAAGAAGCCCUGCGUACCCCGCGCGUGGGGCCCCUCGAUCCCCAGUCUAUAUUUGGGACACGACCUGUCAACGGGCCUGGCCCCCUUGUCGGACGCCGCCGCUCGCUGGAUAGGAAGCUCUGACGGUCUGGCCUCUCGCUGUGCCCCGCCAAAGGUGGUUGUUCGUCCAGAGUUGGGUUCCACGAGACCGCCAAUCCAAGGACAAUCAC